AUGGCACCCAAGCCUUCUACAGAACAACUGAAACAAAAAAGCUUAACCUCAUUUUUCGCCAAGGGUCCCGCCGCAAGCACCACUCCGGCUGGCUCAACCUCGAAGUCCUCCUCAAAACCCGUUGCAAAACCCAAAACAGAAGCAGUGAAAGCGAAAGAGCCAGUGCAGGAGCGGAAGUCGAGCUCGUCUAAUAACGCGCUUAAAUCUCUACCUCCCUCAUCUCCUCAUGAACCGAAGACGCCAGAAACACGGCACACGGGAUUCUCCACCUCUGGGCGUAGCUCAGUCCCGUCGACGCGAAACGGUACUUCGCCACCGCCCAGCAGUGACCCCAUAGAUGUAGAUAUGUUGGACAAUACUGAUGAUGCUAAAAGCAUGCCAUCGUCCACGAAGUCUACCACCCAAAGCCGUUCGAAACGAAAAGUCAUUCUAGACGAUUCGGACGAAGAAGCUGAGGACGCCCCGCUGGCGAGUAAUGGAAGGAGGAAAGCAUCCAUACGGAGCUCAUCUCCUACUGAAGCUAUAAGAAGUCAGACAAAACGACCUCGUUUGUCCACUGUUGUUAUUGAGGAUGACGAGGAAGAGGACGAGGAAGACCUGAAGGCAUCGCUUUCGCAGCGCCUUUCGCGUUUCAAAAAAUCUCCUGUGAAGAAAGGCAAUUCCAAAUCAAGGGCGUCUUCAGAUGACGAAGACUUCAUUGUGCCGGACGAUUCGGAUGAAGAUUCACACUCUAUCAAAUCACACAAGUCGAGCUCGUCGCGUCGUUCUUCCACUUCGUCCCGCACUUCAGCUGCGUCUUCUGAAGACGAAGAUCACUUUGACGAUGAUGACCUUGAAGAAGACGAAGCUCCCAAGAAAUCCAAGGCGAAAACAAAAACUAAAUCUUCAGGAAAGUCAACCUCGAGUAAGAGUUCUGCGGCUAAGCCGUCUGGAGACGGGGUAGGAAACGGAACGUUUUCACUUCUCACUGCAGCCGAACAACGCGAACAAGAAAAGAAGGAUGACAAGAAGGCAGCUGAGUCUCCUUAUGACUUCCUAAUGGAUGUUAGAGACAAAGACGGGAAAAGGCCGGGUGAGGAGGGAUAUGACCCCAGAACCUUACUGGUGCCUAAGAAGGCAUGGGCAACGUUUACGCCGUUUGAAAAGCAGAUAAUUGAUACAUCGACUUUCAAAGAUCAAACAAAACCACUACGAUACUAUUCUCUUUUUUCAGAAAGGUUAUAUGAAGAUGAUGCCCGCAUCGGCCAUCAGGUGUUUGACUUGAAGUUGACAAACAGAGUGAAGAUGUGCAUGGUUGGUGUUCCCGAGAUGUCGUUCAAUAUGUGGGCAUCAAAAUUCCUUGCCAAAGGAUACAAAGUUGGACGUGUUGAGCAGGCAGAAACAGCUCUCGGAGCAGAGAUGCGUAUGGCAGCUGAAAAAAGUUCAGGAAAAACUAAAGCCAAAGGAUCCUCAGGCCAAGAUAAAAUCGUCCGAAGAGAAUUGAAUAAAGUCUAUACCUCUGGAACUCUGGUUGACCAAGAAUUUUUGACAGACGAUCAAGCAGGGCAUUGUAUAUGUGUUUGUGAAGCUACUACUCAGGGUGACGAAGCCAACGACGAUGUAGAACCUGAAUCAGAACGCAAAUUUGGUGUAUGCGUAUUGGAUUGCUCUACAUCAGAGUUCAAUCUGAGCUAUUUUGAGGAUGAUGUUUGCCGCACUCGAAUGGAGACGCUAAUGAGGCAAAUUUGCCCUAAGGAGAUAUUGUACAAGAAGGGGACUUUAUCUAAGCACACGCUUAGUCUCCUAAAAUCUGUUCUUCCUGCGGGAUGCUUAUGGACCUCUCUGCGACCUGUUGAAGGAUUCAAAUAUGAGGAAACUCUUGAAGAAUUGAAGAAAAUAUACCCUACCGAAACAGGUGAAGACGUCGAGAUGGAUCAGGAUGAUCCUUCAUACUCGAUACUUCCAGAUAGCGUUCCAGCCCCUAUUCGAGAAAUGGCUCGCGAGACACUGGCAAUUGAAGCAUUGGGUUCGAUGAUCUGGUACCUACGCCAGCUGAACAUUGACAAGGAUAUUCUGAGCAUGAAAAAUUUCAACAUAUAUGAUCCAAUGAAGAAGGGCAUGGGGCUGACCUUGGACGGACAGACUUUGGCACAUCUUGAGAUUCUUCAAAACAAUGAAGGUUCAGACGAGGGAUCCUUACUGAAACUCCUCAGUCGUUGUAUCACCCCUUUUGGAAAACGUUUGUUCAGGAUAUGGCUUUGUAUGCCCCUGCGAGAUAUCGGGGACAUCAAUGCACGAUUGGAUGCAGUUCAAGAUAUCUUAGAUCAUCCAACAUUCGAGGCAACAUUCACAGAUGUAGCAAAAGGGAUACCGGACCUGGAGAGGAUUGUCUCGCGUAUACACGCUAAAAGUUGCAGAGUUAAAGACUUCCUCAAGGUUCUUAAGGCUUUUGAGAGAUUGAACAAGGGCAUUACCAACCUUGCAGAUGAAGCUGCAUCUUUCAAGAGCACGACUAUUCUUGGCCUCCUCAGAGGGGCACCGGAUCUCACACCGCACUUGCGUAACGUUCGAAGCUUGUUUCAACCAGCCAAAGAUGACGACGAUAAAAUCGACGAGUUGGUACCAAGAGAUGGCAAGGAUGAAAGAUACGAUGAGGUUGUUGCAGAGAUCAACGAACUUGAGAAGAGCCUCAACGCUGACUUGACCAAAUUUGAAAAGUCAUUGGGUAUCAAGCUUGCAUAUUGGCAUAGCGCCGUCGGAAACAAGGAUAUCUAUCUCAUAGAAGUUUCAACCAGCGUUGACAAGAAGAAGCUGCCGAAUGACUGGACGAAAUCGUCUGGCACAAAGGCCAAGAACCGCUACGUUGUAGGAUCACUCCAAAAACGUGUUCGACAGUUGAAGGAGGCACAGGAAAACCGUACAGCUGCAAUCAAAGCGUUCAAGUUCCGCCUGUUCACUGAGUUCGACGUCGAGCGUGCUUUGUGGUUACGUGCGAUCCGUGUAUUUGCUGAACUAGAUUGUUUGUUCAGUUUGGCAAAGUCAUCGGCGGCACUUGGAGAACCAGCUUGCAGACCUGCUUUUGUAGAUGGAGAUGAAGCUGUCCUUGAUUUCGAAGAGCUCAGGCAUCCUACACUUUGCAUGAGUACGACUUUGAAGAACUUUAUCCCGAACGACGUUAAAAUGGGAGGUGAUGUCGGAAAAAUUGUGUUGUUAACAGGCCCGAACAUGGCCAUCCUUAAGGUUAUGAGAAUGACUGCGACCGGGGUCAUCAUGGCGCAACUUGGGAUGUUAGUACCCGCCACUCAAGCCAGACUGAGUGCUGUCGACAUGAUCAUCACUCGCAUGGGCGCAUAUGACAACAUGUUCUCAAACGCCAGUACUUUCAAGGUGGAACUUGAUGAAUGCUGUAAAAUCCUGCGUAACGCUACCCCGAAGUCACUUGUCAUCUUGGAUGAACUUGGUAGAGGAACCUCUACUUUUGAUGGAAUGGCAAUCGCUAGUGCGGUGUUACAUGAACUCGCCACACAUACCCUGCCUUUGUCAUUUUUUGCGACCCAUUACGGCUCACUAACCGAUGACCAUGCCUACCAUCCAAAUAUUCGAAGGAUGUAUAUGUCAACCCUUGUGGACGAUGAAAAACAUGAACUCGUGUUCUUGUAUAAACUUAUUGAUGGCGUCGCCGAAUCGUCGUUCGGUACUCAUGUCGCCAACUUGGCCGGCGUGCCACGUCCUGUGGUCGAUCGAGCAGAUGUGAUAUCCAAGGAUUUUGCGAAACAGUUCAAAGAGAAGUUGCAAAUCAAGCAAGAGCAGCAUGCAUCCGCCAAGAUACCCCUGGUUGCACAGGCCGACUUUGCUUAUUUGUAUAAGCUCGGUACUGGCGAAACACAACUUCCUGAAGAUCGCAUACGAAGGAAGGAGGUUCUUGUCCGCAUGAAAGAUAUCGUUCGCCGGUAUUUGGCGAAAUCCUAA